CCAACACGACGUUGCACGUACUCGUGAUGGAAAGUGGAAAGUUGGCCAAGUCAGUAUGCAUGCAGAGGGUUGUUCGCUUCCACUAAAGACUGGCUUGGUCUUGCCUCGUAUUUGACACACCACCUAUCUGCAGUUAAGUCUUGUGCCUGGUGAGGAUCACCACAGUUCACACACCCCAUGUCUGCUGUGACUAUUGGACUCCACGGUGAAUCAUUAACCACAUCGAUAUGAGCACUCCUUCCAUAACAUCCUCAGAUGAAGAAACAGCAACAGAUGACAGAAAGAACAAAUUGUUCAAGGAGAAGGAUCCCCUUUUUUUGUUUUAUAAAUAGGUGCCUAAAGAAAACAACAGCUCACAGUCUGAUUGGUUUCCCUCUCCAGUACUUCUGGCUGGCCUGCAGCACAUUGAUACCAACCCAGAUGAAAUCAGCUCCGGGUCAGAAAAGUUGACCAUUAACGUCUCUAACUGAUUGCGAGCACAUCUCCACUUGUAAGCAGCGGAGUCUGAACAGUGGAUCCUGUAUCAAAGUUCACUGUCAAGAAGUCUGUCAAACGACAGGAGGCUGCUGCUUUUUCUCUGGAUUGGUCCUCUUAUUAUAUAUAUUUUUUUAACAGGACUAAAUCUGCAGCCAUGGCGACAGCAAGUUAUGGAUACUACCGAGGGACUAUAUUUCUGGCCAUGUUUGUCGGCUACACACUGUACUACUUUAACAGAAAGACUUUCUCUUUUGUGAUGCCUUCAGUCAUGCAAGAAAUUAAGCUGGAUAAGGAUGACCUGGGCAUGAUCACCAGUAGUCAGUCUUUGGCCUACGCUAUCAGUAAAUUCAUCAGUGGCGUGCUUUCGGACCAGAUCAGCGCCCGCUGGCUCUUCUCCAUUGGCCUGUGCAUGGUGGGAGGCAUCAACGUGGUCUUCUCCUGGUCCUCCACUGUCGCCGUCUUCUCCGGCCUGUGGUUUCUCAACGGCCUGGGCCAGGGACUCGGCUGGCCUCCCUGCGGCAGGGUGCUGCGCAAGUGGUUUGAGCCUUCUCAGUUCGGGACAUGGUGGGCAAUCCUCUCCUGCAGCAUGAAUCUGGCUGGCAGCUUGGGCCCCAUCAUUGCCACGGUGCUGGCCGAGAGUUACGGCUGGAGGACGAUUCUGUUCGUAUCUGGCAUUAUUUGCGUGGUGGCCUCCUUUUUCUGUCUGCUGCUCAUCAAGAACGAGCCUCGGGAUGUGGGCCUGCCCAACAUAGAGGCAGCAGCCAAGAAGAGCAAAGGAGGAUCCUCCAGUGAUGAAAGCACCCUGUCCGAGUUCCUGCUGUCGCCCUACCUGUGGCUGCUGUCCGUGUCCUACCUGGUGGUGUUCGGGGUGAAGACCGCCUGCACCGACUGGGCCCAGCUAUUUCUCAUUCAGGAUAAGGGCCAGUCUACACUUAUGGGUAGCUCCUACAUGAGUGCGCUGGAGCUCGGAGGCCUGUUGGGCAGUCUCACAGCAGGUUACCUUUCUGACAAGGCGGUGGCCAAACAAGGCAAGAGACUCUAUGGCAACCCUCGCCAUUUCAUCCUGAUCUGCAUGAUGGCUGGAAUGUGUGUGUCCAUGUACCUGUUCAGGAUCACAGUUACUCCCGACAGCUCAAAGGUGUGGGUACUCAGCCUGGGCGCCGCUUUCGGUUUCUCGGCUUAUGGACCAAUAGCGUUAUUCGGAGUUAUAGCCAAUGAGAGCGCCCCGUCAAACUACUGCGGGACGUCACACGCCAUUGUUGCCCUGAUGGCUAACAUUGGUGGCUUCCUGUCUGGACUUCCAUUCAGCACCAUUGCCAAGCACCACGGCUGGGAAAUGGCCUUCUGGGUAGCAGAGAUCACCUGUGGUAUCUCCACGAUUGGAUUCUUCCUACUGCGCAACAUCCCCUCCAAGAUGGGUCAAGUGUCCAAGAAGGCCGAAUAAAACAUCACACCUCAUCUUUUGCACCGGAUGAAAACUGGAUACUUUAAAGCCAUCAUUGUAUUUUAUUUCUAACUUGAUUUUUUUUUUUACCAUAGUACUCUCUGUCUGACAGGACAUGAACAUAAAUUAAGCCCUGAGACAUUGAGUGCCUUUUCUUGAAAAUAAAUAAAUAUAUUGUUUGAAAGGUGCAGUAUUUACACUCUGCAAACACAGGAUCAAUAACAGAAUGUAAAUUACUGGACAUUAUAUUUGCCAUAUGAAUGUGGCAAAAACAGAAAAGUUGACUCUUUAAGACACUUAAAGAUUCUAAUUAUAAGAGCACAAAACUGCCUCCUGGUUUAAACUGGUAUAUUAUACAAUCCGUUUUUUUUUUUUAACUUUCUAAUAUUGAAUCAUGAAACAGAAUUACAAGAUUUUUUUUUUUUAUAGAAAGCAAAAUGUGUGGUAUUCAAUGUCUUGAAUAAAUGAUAACUUUGU